AUGGCCGCCGACAUUGGACAGAUUUCGCAAUUACUCAACGCGACUCUCGACCCAGCACAACAUCGCAAAGCCGAAGCCGCCUUAAAGCAAGAAUCUGCGAAACCACACUAUUCCCUCGCUCUCCUGAACAUCGUCAACUCCGACGGUCUCCCUCUCAACACCAGGCUCUCUGCUGCUCUUGCCUUCAAAAACUUCAUCCGUCUUAAUUACGUGGACGAGGAGGGCAACUACAAACUUCCGCAAGAUGAGGUCGCGACAAUCAAGGAACGCCUGAUUGGGCUGAUGAUCGCAUCGCCAUCGAAUAUUCAGUCGCAGCUGGGAGAUGCGAUCAGCGUUAUUGCUGAUUCGGAUUUCUGGAGAAGAUGGGAAACACUCACGCAAGACCUGGUCAGCCGCUUCUCGACUACCGACCCAAAGCCAAACAUUGGUGUCCUCGAAGUUGCACACUCGAUCUUCUCGCGAUGGAGGCCUCUCUUCAGAACCGAUGAGCUGUACAUGGAGAUCAACCAUGUGAUUGAAACAUUUGGCCAGCCCUUUGUCCAGCUACUUGUGGCUACGGAUACGAAGAUCACUGAAAAUGCGAGUGACAAGGCCGCCCUCCACGGCUGGUUCGAAACACUAGAUCUACAGAUCAAGAUCAUUUAUGACAUGUCAUGUCACGAUAUCCCUCCCAUUUUCGACGAGAACCUGGGCAGUAUUUCCGAGCUUCUCCACAAGUACCUCGUCUACAGCAAUCCUUUGCUCCAGACUGAUGAUGAGGCCGAAACUAGCAUCAUCGACACGACCAAGGCAGACAUCUGCGAACUUCUCCAGCUCCUCACUACCAAAUACGACGAAGACUUCUCCAAGUACUGCAAGCCGUUCAUCACAAGCGCAUGGGAUCUCUUGUCGAACGUCGGAACGGAGACAAAGUAUGACGCCUUGGUAAGCAAGGCGCUACAAUUCCUGACGGGUGUCGCCAAAACGAAGGAUCAUUCGGAGUUAUUCAACAACGAAGAUGUUCUCAACCAGAUAGUGUCCAAGGUUGUCAUCCCCAACGUCACCUUACGCGAGUCUGACGAGGAGAUGUUUGAAGACGAGCCAAUCGAGUUCAUUCGUCGCGAUCUGGAGGGCUCGGACUCGGACUCGAGGCGAAAAGCAGCCACCGAUUUCCUUCGUGAAUUGCAGGCCAAGUUUGAAGGCCCUGUCACGACUGUUGUGUCAAGUUACAUUAGCCAGUACCUCAGCCAAGGAGCUACAGACUGGAAGGCCAAGGAUACGGCGAUCUAUCUGUUCCUUUCGAUUGCUGUCAAGGGCGCUGUCACCGCCAGCAUGGGUGCAAAGACAGUGAACCCCUUGGUGAACGUACUCGAGUUCUUCGAGCAGCGCAUUGCAUCAGACCUCGUGGGUGACGUGCACCCCAUCUCCAAGGUCGAUGCUAUCAAAUACCUCUACACUUUCCGCAGCCAGUUGUCCAGGGAGCAGUGGAAGCAAGCUUUCGGCCCGCUGGUUCAGAACCUCAACUCGGAUAACUACGUCGUCUACACAUAUGCUGCUAUCACUGUUGAGCGUGUUCUGUUCUUGGUGGACGACAACGGCAGCCCCGUCUUCCCACGGACAGAAAUCGAGCCCUUUGCGAAGGACCUACUGGACCACCUUUUCAAGCUGAUUGAGAAGGAUACGAACCCUGCCAAGCUUCAAGAGAACGAAUUCUUGAUGCGCUGUGUGAUGCGCAUUCUGAUUGUUAUCAAGGACGGCGCACAGCCUCUUCUAGACAGCGUACUGACACAUCUCAUUCUGAUAACAAAUGUGAUGAAGCAAAACCCCAGUAACCCUCGGUUCUAUUACUAUCAUUUUGAGGCGAUUGGUGCACUUGUCCGCCACUGCGCGGCGAGCAACGCAACUGUCUUCAACCAGAAGUUGUGGGAGCCCUUCCACCAGAUUCUGAUGGAGGAUGUUUCUGAAUUCAUGCCAUACGUAUUUCAGGUACUUGCUCAGCUACUUGAGUCAAGCCCUGCAGACGCCAUCUCCGACAACUACAAGUCCCUGCUCGAGCCGUUAUUAAACACCGAGCUCUGGAAGACUCGCGGAAACGUACCUGCUUGCACGCGACUUCUUUCUGCGUUAGUCCCAAAGACCGGCAAGGCCGUUGUUGAGAACGGAAAAGUCGAGCCUAUUCUUGGUAUCUUCCAGAUGCUCUUGAGUGGGAAGAAGUCGGAGCUGUACGCUUUUGAUGUUCUGGACUCGCUCGUCAAGAGCUUUGAACCCACCGUCAUCAAUCAGUACUUUACUACGAUCUUGCAGCUCAUUUACACAAAGCUACAAGGCUCGCCAUCUGAGUCCCUCAAGCUUCGCUUUGCUCGUUUCUUCCAUCUCGUGAGCGCACACCUCGAGGCUGGUUAUGGCGCCGAUUACUUCAUUGGCCAAUCUGAUCAAAUAGACGCCAAUGCGUUCAAGGGUCUCUAUCCUGCCUUUGUCCUGCAAGAAACACCAAAGCUUGUGCGCCCUGUCGAUCGCAAACUUGCUGUCAUCUCCUUCACCAAGAUCCUGUGCGACUCUGAACGGUUUGGCAAGGAAUUCGCCAAGGGCUGGGGCAACACAUGUCGUUUCUUCCUGGACCUGCUGGCCAACCCGCCGACCGUGUCCUCUACAGCGGGUGACGAACUGAUUGCGGAGGCGGAUGUGGACGACAUUGGCUUCGGCAUGUCGUUCACGGCCCUGAACACGUGCAAGCCUCUGGCGAGGGAUGAUUUCCCUCACAUUGUCAAUGUCGUGACUUGGGUCAAGGAGUACAUGGUGGCCGCGAACCAGCGCCAUAACGGCGCGGUCGAGAAAUGCAUUGGCGAGAGGUUGACGCCAGAGCAGCAGCAGGCCAUCACGAAGUACAUCAACUAG